GCUCUGAUCAUGCCAGAGAGCUGGAAGGACAAGCUUAAGUCUCAACUUGAGAAGGACUACUACAAGUCCUUGAACUCCUUCUACUGCCAGGAGUUGAAAUCAGGGCACACAAUUUAUCCGCCGACGAACCAAAUUUUCACUGCGUUCUAUCACUGUCCCUUCGACAAAGUUUCAGUUGUGAUUGUCGGUCAAGACCCGUAUCAUGGUCCCAAGCAAGCGCAUGGAAUGGCUUUUUCAGUUCAGAAAGGUGUUCCCCCUCCCCCGAGCUUGCAGAACAUGUUCAAAGAGCUGACUGAGGAUCCAAAACUGGAAUUCAAAAGACCAAAUCAUGGGUGCCUGACACGGUGGGCUGAUCAGGGGGUCUUGCUAUUGAACACAUGCUUGACUGUUCGUUCUGGACAAGCGAACUCGCACCAAGGGAGGGGUUGGGAAAAGUUCACGGAUGCUGUCAUUUCGGAGUUGAACAAGAACCACAAGGGACUGGUAUUCUUGCUCUGGGGCAAGCCAGCAGAAAAGAAAUGCCAGUCUGUUGACCAGAAGAAGCAUUUUGUGCUCAAAACGACUCACCCUUCCCCUUUAUCUGCGCACAGAGGAUUCCUUGGAUGCAGGCACUUUUCCCAAUGCAACGAUCUGCUCGCCAAGAUGGGAAAGCCAACGAUUGACUGGCAGAUCUAAGGGAGGCUGUUACACACAAAUAGUUGAUUGCAAAUGCAAACUGCUAUGUUGCAGAGCUUGCUAUGACAAC